GCAGGGCUCAAAAGCAAACGCUGCUGAGAACUCAGAUCGAAAGCAGCAUGGAUCUGCCUGUGGAUGAGUGGAAAUCAUACCUGCUUCAAAAGUGGGCUUCACUCCCAAAGUCCAUUCAGCUCACAAUUUCUACAGCAGAGACCUUGAGCGAUAUCUUUCUUCAUUCCUCUUCACUUCUUCAACCUGAGGAUGAACUGUUUCUAAAAAGACUUUCUAAAGGUUACUUGGUGGGAAAGGACUCGGACGCUCCCCUUUUCUACAGAGAACAAGGAAACAAAAAAUUUCAGGAGAAAGAUUACACAGGAGCUGCAGUGCUGUAUUCUAAGGGUGUGUCACAUUCAAGGCCUAACACCGAGGACAUGUCGCUGUGCUAUGCUAACCGUUCGGCAGCCCUCUUCCACCUGGGUCAGUACGAGACGUGCCUUAAAGACAUUAGCAGAGCACAGACGCAUGGCUAUCCAGAAAGGCUGCAGCCCAAGAUCAUGUUACGGAAAGCAGAAUGUCUGGUGGCCCUGGGGAGACUGCAGGAGGCGAGCCAGACCGUCGGUGAUCUUGAAAGGAACUUCACGGCCACACCAACCCUAGCAGAUGUCCCCCGUCAGACUCUGCAGAGAAACCUCCAUCAUCUGAAAACGAAGCUACAGGAAAAGGAGAGUCCCACAGAAACCUUCCCAGCAACUCUGGCCAAAACCCUCGAGGAUGUGGCGCUCAGGGGAGAGAAUGAACGACUUUCCAACGCCUCAUCAUCCGUCGGCUUGUGCAUAGAUCCUUUAAAAGGUCGCUAUCUCGUUGCCACGGAAGAUAUUCUCCCAGGAGAGCUCCUGGUGAAGGAGGAUGCUUUUGUGAGUGUUCUCAACCCCGGAGAACUGCCACCACCGCAUCACGGCCUAGACAGCCAGUGGGACACCAGCGUCACCAAUGGGGACCUCUAUUGUCACCGAUGUUUGAAGCACACUUUGGCCACAGUUCCGUGUGACGGAUGCAGUUAUGCCAAGUAUUGCAGCCAGGAGUGUUUGCAGCAGGCCUGGGAGCUCUACCACAGGACAGAAUGUCCUCUGGGGGGGCUGCUUCUCACACUGGGUGUCUUUUGCCACAUUGCUCUGAGGUUGACUCUUGUGGUGGGAGUUGAGGAUGUUCGCAAAAUCGUAAAGAAGCUUUGUGUUAAGAUUAGUAACAAGGACAUCUGCUUACCAGAAAGCGACAAUCAGGUCAAGACACUUAAUUAUGGCCGAGGAGAGAGUGAGAAAAAUGGCAAUAUGGUUGAGACCCCGAUUCCUGGAUGCGAUGCUAAUGGGAAGUAUGACAGUAAUUAUGAUGCUGUCUUCAACCUUUUGCCCCAUACUGAAAACCACAGCCCAGAGCACAAAUUCCUCUGUGCUCUCUGUGUUUCUGUACUGUGCAGGCAGCUAGAAGCAGCCGGUUUACAGGCCAUCCCAACAGGUGUGAACUCCUCUCAGCUCACAGCAGCAGUGACACCUGAGUUGUGUCCCGACGUGACUAUAUGGGGAGUGGCAAUGCUGAGACACAUGUUACAGCUGCAGUGUAAUGCUCAGGCAAUAACCACCAUACAACACACAGGUAAGAGGGAGACUGACGCUCAGGCGAUGACCACCGUGCAACACACAGGGCCUCACAAGAGCCGGAUGGGGGUUGCCGAAAGGCAGCAGAAGCUGAGGUCUCAGUACUUCUUUGACUGCACCUGUCCAGCUUGUCAGACUGAGGCACACAGGAUGGCUGCAGGCCCCAGGUGGAAAGCAUUCUGUUGCAACAGUUGCAGAGCGCCCAUGCAGGGAGAUGGCGUGCUGCGCUGUGGCAACAGAUCUUGUGCAGAAUCCGCCGUCAGCAGAGACCACCUAGUGUCUCGGUUACAGGACCUUCAGCAGCAGGUCGGAGUGGCCCAGAAGCUUCUCAGAGAUGGGGAACUAGAGCGAGCCGUUCAGCUGCUGUCGGGGUGCCAGCGUGAUGCCGAGAGCUUCCUGUGGGCAGAACACGCCAUGGUGGGAGAGAUCGCGGACGGCCUGGCCCGGGCCUGUGCUGCCUUAGGGGACUGGCAAAAGUCAGCCACCCACCUACAGAAGAGUCUCCGUGUGGCGGAGGUUCGCCACGGGCCGUCCAGCGUUGAAAUGGGCCAUGAGCUCUUCAAACUGGCCCAGAUCUUCUUCAAUGGGUUUGCAGUACCCGAAGCCCUGAGCACAAUCCAGAAGGCUGAGGAGGUUCUGUCGCUGCACUGUGGCCCGUGGGACGAUGAAAUCCAGGAGCUCCGGAAGAUGAAAUCCUGUUUAUUGGACUUACCACCCACCUUGUAAGGUCUUCAGUUUAGGGUCCCAAGGGGAUUUUGACCCACAGGAAAGGAGCCCGUGGACCACAAGGUAAAGAGGUUAUGGCCGGACGGGCGCGGCAGCUCACACCUGUCAUCCCAGCACUGUGGGAGGCCGAGGCGGGCGGAUCACGAGGUCAGGAGAUCGAGACCACCCUGGCUAACAUGGUGAAACCCCGUCUCUACUGAAAAUACAAAAAACUAGCCGGGCGAGGUGGCGGCGCCUGUAGUCCCAGCUACUCAGGAGGCCGAGGCAGAAUGGCGUGAACCCGGGAGGCGGAGCUUGCAGUGAGCGGAGAUCGCACCACUGCACUCCAGCCUGGGCAACACAGCGAGACUCCAUC